GCACUUUCUCCAGCAGAUUGCUUUGACACCAUCUCCGGUUCGUUGGCAGAAUCGAGAAACUAGUCUUAAAUGGAAUUGACAACAAAGAGAGCCUGUUCAUCACCUCUUCCUUCAGCUCGUCCAUGGAAAUAUGAUGUCUUUAUCAGUUUUAGGGGAGUAGACACCCGCAAGGGUUUUACAGCCCAUUUAUAUGAAUCACUGCUACGUCAAGGAAUUAAGACUUUCACUUGUGACUCAGAACUUCAAAGAGGAGAAGAGAUUUCUUCACAACUCUUAUCAGCAAUUAAAGAAUCAAGAAUUUCCAUCGUUGUGAUCUCUGAGAAUUAUGCUUGUUCAACAUGGUGCCUGGAUGAACUUUCAAAAAUUCUUGAAUGUUCUCAAUCGAGAGAUUCAGUUCUACCAAUAUUCUAUGAUGUGGAUCCUUCUGAUUUACGAAAGCAAAGGGGUACUUUAGCGGCAGCCUUCGUUGGCCUUGAAAAAAGGUUUAAGCAUGACACUGAGAAGGUGGUGCGAUGGAGAGCUGCGUUAAAAGAAGUUGCUAGUAUUUCUGGGUGGAUUUCAGAGGAUAGUUGCGAUGAACCAGAGCUCAUCAAAGAAAUUGUUGCAUGCAUACUAUCUAGAGUACGUCCUGACUCUCAAGAAAAGCUGGUUGGAAUUGAUUCAAGAUUAGAACAACUGGAUUUGCUUUUAGAUGCAAGGUCAGAAGAUGUUCUCUAUAUAGGGAUAUGGGGGAUGAAUGGAAUAGGUAAGACAACCAUUGCGAAGAUGCUUUACGAAAGAAUUCUUCAUAAAUUUGAAGUCGCAAGCUUUCUUGGCGGUGUUAGAGAGGAUUCUGAGACAAAUGGUCUAGUCAGUCUACAAAAAAGCCUUUCCAAGAGCCUUUUGAAUAGAGAUACAGAAGAUGGGGGCAUUCAUGAAGAAGCCCUAAAGAAUAAGUUAAGCCAAAAGAAGGUUCUUCUCAUUCUCGAUGAUGUGGACCAUAUAAGUCAGUUAGAUAAAUUAUGUGGAAAUCAAGAUUGGUUUGGUCCGGGGAGCAGAAUCAUUAUUACAACUGUAAAUGAACAACUGCUAAUUGCACAUGGUGUGGAAAGAAGAUUUAAAGUGCAGGAGUUAAAUGAAGAUGAUGCUCUUCAACUUUUUAGCUGGAGAGCCUUUAAAAGAGAUUAUCCAGAUAAAAAAUUUACAGAUCUGUCAAUAAGUUUCUUGAAUUAUGCCGAGGGACUCCCAUUAGCUCUUAAAGUGUUGGGAUCAUUUUUGUAUAAAAGAGGUCAAGAUGCAUGGAGCAGCGCAUUGUAUAAACUGAAGGAGGUUUACAAGGGAGAUGUUAUGGAUACCCUUAAAAUAAGUUAUGAUGGAUUAGACGAGCAGGAAAAAAAUGUUUUCGUUGAUAUCGCAUGCUUCUUUAAAGGAAAGUGCAAAGAUCAAGUAGUUGAAAUGCUAGACAAUAUGGGCUUUUGUUCGCGUAGUGUUAUGGAUGUUCUUAUUGAGAAGUCUCUGUUGACAAUCUCAGAUAACAAGGUUUGGAUGCAUGAUUUGUUACAAGAUAUGGGAUGGGAAAUUGUUCGUCAACAAGCUACAGAACCUGGCAAACGCAGCAGGUUGUGGACCAAUGAUUCGGGGACCACGGCAGUUCAUGGCAUAUCCCUGGACUUGCGUGAAUCUAAAGAGGCACAGUGGGAUUUCAGAGCCUUUUCUCAUCUGGUUAAUCUUAGUUUCCUUAAGAUCCGUGAUCCCCAAGGCCUCAACUGUUUUUCUAAUUCCUUGGGGUUUCUUGAAUGGAGUGAACAUCCUUUAAAAUCUCUCCCAACAGGUUUCCAGCCGGAGAACAUUUCCGAACUCAGCAUGCAUGAUUGUAGCAUUCAACUGCUUUGUAAUGGAAAACAGAAUUUUUUCGGCUUGAAAGUCAUCGAUCUUCGUCAUUCUCUAAAUUUGACAGAAAUCCCAGAUCUUACAAGCGUCCCAAAUCUUGAGAGAUUAUGUUUUAAGGGAUGUAAACGUCUAGUUGAGAUUCACCCAUCCACAGGAGUUCUCAAAAGGCUGAUUUCCUUAAAUCUUGAAAAUUGCAGAAGUCUAAAGAGUCUUCCAAGUCAGAUUGCAAUGGAAUAUCUUGAAAGUCUUAUUCUUUCUGGUUGCUCAAAUGUUAAAAAGAUUCCCGAGUUUGGGGGACAGAUGAAGCAUUUGUUGGAUAUUUCCUUAGAUGGGACUGCAACUGAAAAUAUACCUUUGUCUGUCGAACGCCUGACUAAACUUUCUUCUUUGGAUUUGAGAAAUUGCAUAAAUCUUCGUUGUCUUCCAAGUAACAUUGGCAAAUUGACGUCUCUUCAAAGUCUUCGUCUUUCUGGAUGCUCAAAUCUUGACGCACUGCCUGAAAGCUUUGGGGAACUACGGUGUUUGGAGAAGAUUGAUUUAACUGGAACUGCUAUUAAAGAAUGGCCGUCUUCCAUUGUCCUUUUGAACCUUAAAUCAUUAUUUUUUCGUGGACCAAAAGGGCCGCCACAACAACCAUGGCAUAUGGCUCUCCCUUUUCGAUUAAGGCCAACGAAGAGCCGUCAGCAUAUGAAUUCCUUCUUGCCUUCUCUAUCUGGGCUUCGUUCUUUAACUGAAUUAGAUCUAAGUGAUUCAAAUCUUGUUGAAGGAGCAAUCCCUGCUGAUAUAAGCUGCUUAUCCUCUUUAGUAUCUUUGAACUUAAGCGGAAACAAUUUUCAUAGCCUUCCUAUAACCAUUAGCCUACUUUCUAAGCUUGAGAACUUAUACUUGAGUGAUUGCAAGAGUCUUCAACGGCUUCCGGUCCUUUCAUCAUAUAUAACUUUAGAAGUAAUGGCCGAUGGUUGUACUUCACUCAAAACGUUGCAAUAUCCGUCAAAUUUGGACAGAUUGAAGUCCUCAUGUUUCAAUUUCAUCAAUUGCAUUGGGUUGGUUGACAAAGGAGGCUGCAAGAAAAUAGCAUUUAGUAUGCUCAAAAGAUACCUUAAGAGAGUUCCAUAUCCUGGCGAUAGAUAUGAAAUUGUAAUUCCUGGAACUGAAAUUCCUUCAUGGUUCAGCCAUCAAAGAGUGGGGUCUUCAGUAAGUGUACAGCUAACUCCGCGUUGGCAUGAUAAUAAGUGGAAGGGAUAUGCUCUGUGCACUGUUUUUGAAGUAUUUGGCAGUGGAUGGGAGCUCAAUUGUUUUUUGAAAGUCAAUGGGAAAGAACAGUAUCCUGCACCUCUAUUAGUAACUAAUGUCCAGCCUUUGUCAGAUCAUCUUUGGCUAUUGUACAUCUCUCGUGAUUUAACAUUUGGGAAUGAGUGGCAACACAGCUGCAAUCAGUUAAUAUUUUCAUUCAAGAGCUCAGGCCCCAGCUUGGUAAAGAAGUGUGGUGCCCGUUUGGUGUAUGAACAAGACGUUGAAGAGUUCAACAGAAUGUUGACCCAUUCCAGCCGCACAAUUUCACCUUAUGAGGCUACGAAUGUCCAUCAUGAUGAAAACUCUACAUCUGUGCAAGGUGCCAUUGUCCAGCCAAGUUACAAUCACUGUGAGUGGAAAGGACUAUAUGGAAGUAGUAGUUUUCAUGAGGAAUCAGAAUUCAAAAGAUUUCGAAGAAUAUGAAAGUUUUGAUCACUGGAUGCCCCUAAAUAGUCUUAGAGGCUAAUAUGGUAUGAUACUUCUCUCAAGAUAGUCUCUCAGUCACAAUCUCAAUUUCUGUGAGCCAGUAGAUGUGUUUCAUAAUUGUUUAUGCUAACAUUUUAUGCCCCUUUUCUUUUGCGUUUGGUGUCUUUUUGUUUACUUGUGAAAAUAUACUACCUUUGUCAGUCGAACACCUGACAAGACUUUAUUUAUUAGAAAUGAGAAAUUGCAUGAGACUGAA